AUGGCCCUUGAGCCAACCAACACCAUUGAUUGCAUCGCCCCAGGCAGAUCUCACGAUCUCGAAAAUGGCCAUAACCAGAAACUGAGGAUGUCGAUCACCAAUCUGAACAGACAUAGCCAGAAGGCCGAACUAAAGAUAGCAGUGCCCGGGAAUCUACACAGCCACCCCCAGGACCCCAGUCUGGUGGGCUGGGAUGGUCCGGACGACCCCGAGAAUCCGUUUAAUUGGUCAACCUACAAGAAUGCUCGCCAGUUGGUGUUCAUGGCGUUUAAUACCUUCUUGACGUGA